AUGCCACUUCACCUUACCGCCCUGGUGACCGGUGAUCGUAGAGAAGAUGCGACAUUCAAGAAAAACUCCAAUUCUGCCUUUUCCAGUGGGAUCCACGUCAAUAAGGCCAAUCCACACCAGUGGACUGCAGUUUUGACCUCGCAUCGGUCUUGUAAACACCCUCAGCGGGAGUCGAACCGCGACAGUGCACGAUGGGAGCUUGUCACGUUAACCACUCAGCCACAUUGCCACGAGUGCCCUUUGGUCAAUAGGGCAAAUGUGAAUUGCAAGGAAGGCCAGGCCUCUUGCCAUAUCAUAUUCUUUGCUGACUGUCACGGUUCGACUCCCGCUGGGGGUGUUGAUAAGACCGAUGUGAGGUCGAAACUGCAGUUGACCCUGGAUGAUAACAACUUUUGA